UAUAUUGAAACAGUAGUAAAAAACCAAGUAACCUAAUACAUCCUUUUUGUCCUGUUUUUCACUUAAAAUUUGACACAUCGACAAAUUUUUCCUUGUCAACUUUUAGCAAAUUAACACUAAAAAUGGAAAUAUAUAAUGUAUGGUAAAAUUAUUUUUUUGACUAAUGUAUUGUAAAAAAUUGUUGAUGUGUGUCAAAUGGUAAAUGUCUCCUACUCCAAGAAUAGGAAACCAAAGUGAUAAUAUUACAUUUGUAUCCUCGAACUAUAGCCGUUAAGACAACCAUCAAAAUAAACGUUAUUCAAACUAAUUCGACCGUUGGAAAAUAAAUAUAUUUCCAUUUUUCAUUUUUCCUUCUCACUCUUUUUUUCUUCUCCCGUUAACCCUAAUUCUCAUCUCACACCGCAAAACCAAAACUGAAACAACAACAACAACAACACAAGAUCUUAAUAGGGUUGUUCGUCGGUGAGAGAAGAACAUCAACAAAAAUGGUGGAAAGUGAAGAACAAAAUCGAAGUCCAGUGAUCCGAAAGAAAACGUCGAUGGGAUCGAAUAGCCAAAAUGUGAUCUCACUUAUCAGUCCAAGAUUCAAAUCUGCUGCUGCUAUGGCUGGUUGGGAUGAAGAAGCACUUUUACUUGCAACUCUCAUUGUUGAAGAUACACCUGAUAGAGAUUCAAAACAGAAGAGGCGUUUUGUUUUGAAUUCUAAAUCUCCACUCUCCAAUUCAUCAAGGAAACGCAGAGCUCAGAGGAAUCCUCCACAACCAAUUAUUCUUGAUCUCGAUGAUGAAGAAACUCCCCAAAAGGAUGUUGGUAAAAAGAAGAAAGAAAAGAAAAUCUGUGUUACUGAAGAAAGUAAAGUUAAAGAAAAGGAAUUGACUCAAAAGGGUAUUGAUGUCAAUUCAACUAGUUCUUCUCUUCCUUGUAUGGAUAAGCUGAGAGAAGAGCUUUCAUGUGCUAUUUGUUUAGAGAUAUGCUUUGAGCCAAGUACCACUCCUUGUGGUCACAGCUUUUGUAGAAAAUGUCUGAGAUCUGCUGCAGAUAAGUGUGGCAAAAAGUGUCCUAAGUGUAGGCAAUUGAUAAGCAAUGGACGAUCGUGCACCGUGAACACGGUUCUUUGGAACACAAUUCAACUGCUAUUUCCUCAAGAAAUUGAAGCAAGGAAAGCAGCUGCUGUCACUGAGAAUAAUAGACAAGCACCAGCGCAGAAUCCAAUUCCCGAAACAACAUUUUACAAUAACCAAAGGAAUAGAGGUAUACAACCAUAUCCAUCAAGUAGGGCUAUGAGUUCGAGGAGAUAUGAAACACCGACAGAGACUGAUGAGGAUGCUGCAUUGGCUAGAUUGUUACAAAGAGAAAUUGAUGGACUGAGCAAUCAAAGGGCAAUGGCAACAACAAGGGUUUCAAGUGUAAGAGGAAGGACAAGAAGAGGGGUUUCGGCACAAGAUGAAGAUGCUGCUUUUGCUCUAAGGUUGCAAAGAGAGGAGUUUAUGCAUGCUUUUAGGGGGAGUAGCAACAACCAGGAGCAAUCAUCUUCUUCGUCCUCAUCAUUAGCUAGAUCAAAUUUGAGGGCAAUGGCAACUAGAGCGAUGAAUAUUCGUAUUAGAGAUCAAAGGAUGUAAUAAUCAAGACAUGGGAAAUGUAACAUUAAAUUGUACUAGAUGCUGUCAUUCUAUUUGAUUUUUGUGAUGAUGAAUACAGGAAUUUUAAUAAACAUUCUUUUUAAUA